AUGAUGUGCGACGAUGACUCGACUUCGCGCGAUUCGGGAUUCUCCGAGCCGAUGGACGAGAACACGCCAGUGUGUUUCAAGUCGCUGUCGGAAGGACUGGAGCACAUCCAUGUCGGAGAAGUAGCUGAAGAAUCCACGAUUCGGAGCCCAUCGAGACAGCAGAAAAAGUGCCAAAAAGUUCUAAAAUCUUCGUCGAGCCGCCGCCUGUUCCCCCUCACGUCUUCCGAAGCUCUCGCCAUCCGCAACACGAAUCUUCCUGAGCAGCCAAGUCGAAAGCGGUCAAUAAUUAUGAGCGACGAUGAGAAGCGGCAAAACCACAAGAAAAGCGUAUCAGCAUUUGCUUAUGUGCAAAAAUGCCAAGAGAUUAAAUCCAAAGAAUCCAGCUACGCGGAAUCCGAAGAAGGCACCGACGAAGCCGAUGUAAAUAGAAUGGAGGGUGAUUACGUGGAAAAUGCUAAAACCAGCUCAAUGCUGGACGACAUUCUUGGAUGUAUUCGUCAUCAGCAGCUACAACCAGUGUAUUCCUCACUACCAUCGUUGCCUUCUGCGUCUGCGUCUGCGGAUGCUUAUGUGCAAAAAUGCCAAGAGAUUAAAUCCAAAGAAUCCAGCUACGCAGAGUCUUCCCCAUCGGCGUCAUCCGAAGCCUCCUCUUCCGAAGCCUGCUCAUCUGCGUCAGGAUCAGCUUCUCGUUCGUUCGCGCUGCCAAAGGUAAAGGCUAAGCGCAAACUGAAAACUAGUCAAACGACGCCAAAUGUGGAAAAUGUGGAAGAGGAAGAAGAAGUCGAUAACGCCCAUCCGACAGUCAAAUAUCACCUCGAGACGCUCAACGAAAAAUGUUUCACUUCGUACCGCCUGAUUGGUCGCAAAACUCUGAUAGGACUGAUAAACAAUAUGACUGAUGAAGAAUUCAACAAAAAAUAUAUUCUUAUCGAUUGUAGAUAUCCUUUCGAGUACGAAGCAGGGCAUAUUAAGCACGCUAUCAACUGCUACGAUACAGAAGAAGUGGGAAAGCAUUUCUAUCAAGGAGAGGGAAAAAAGGAAGCUUUCCACGAAAGGGUGCCAAUUUUCUACUGUGAAUUUUCGCAAAAAAGGGGUCCGAAGAUGGCGAGCGCUCUUCGCGCACUCGAUCGAGCUCAGAACGACUAUCCGAAGUGUCAUUUCGCGGAGUUGUACGUGCUCUAUCAAGGAUAUCGAAAGUUUCAUCAGUUUGUUGAAGCGGAGGGCAUUUCGGAUCUGUGUCACCCGAACAACUACGUUGAAAUGAACGAUAAUCGGUUUAGUACGGAGCUCAAAAAGUACACGCAACACAAGAAGAAGAAGAACCUCCCGACACGUCGAGUGAGUUCGCGAAAACUCUCUGAAGAUCAAAAAGACGGCGAGAAGGCGACGACGUCGAAAGAACGAGAUGGCUCCGUUGCCGGAACUUCUGAUGACGCUGAAGCGCGAUCGCUCAACGCCAAUAAUCGAACCCCUCAAGUGCCACGUACAUCCUAUUCACGAAGGAAUUUGUUCACGAUUGCACAAGAAUCACCGACGAACUUCGACCGACAGAAAUUGCCAAGUCGUAAUGAUGGGCUGAAGACGCCAUCGCCUGCCAAACCAUCUAGUUUCCCCCUAUUAUAG